CCUCAGCAUUCUGUUCUUACCUUUAUCCAGGUACCAACUGGAAGAUGAGUCUGCCCAUUUGGAUGAAAUGCCAUUAAUGAUGUCUGAAGAAGGCUUUGAGAAUGACGAAAGUGAUUACCACACGUUACCGCGAGCCAGGGUCACACAGCGAAAAAGAGGACUGGAGUGGUUUGUCUGCGGAGGAUGGAAGUUCCUCUGCACCAGUUGCUGUGAUUGGCUGAUAAAUAUUUGUCAAAGAAAGAGAGAACUGAAAGCUCGCACAGUGUGGCUUGGAUAUCCGGAAAAGUGUGAAGAAAAACAUCCCAGAAAUUCUAUAAAAAAUCAAAAAUACAAUGUAUUUACCUUUAUACCUGGGGUUUUAUAUGAACAAUUCAAGUUUUUCUUGAAUCUCUAUUUUCUGGUAGUAUCCUGCUCACAGUUUGUACCAGCAUUGAAAAUAGGCUAUCUCUACACCUACUGGGCUCCUCUGGGGUUUGUCUUGGCUGUUACUAUCACAAGGGAAGCAGUUGAUGAAUUCCGGCGUUUUCAGCGAGACAAGGAAGUGAAUUCGCAGCUAUACAGCAAGCUUACAGUAAGAGGUAAAGUGCAAGUUAAGAGUUCAGACAUACAAGUUGGAGACCUCAUCAUAGUGGAAAAGAAUCAAAGAGUUCCAUCAGACAUGGUGUUUCUUAGGACUUCAGAAAAAGCAGGCUCAUGCUUUAUUCGAACUGAUCAGCUCGACGGUGAGACGGACUGGAAGCUGAAAGUGGCUGUGAGCUGCACGCAGAGGCUCCCGGCCCUGGGGGACCUUUUUUCUAUCAGUGCUUACGUUUAUGCUCAGAAGCCGCAACUGGAUAUUCAUAGUUUUGAAGGCACGUUCACCAGGGAAGAUAGUGAUCCCCCCAUUCAUGAGAGUCUCAGCAUAGAAAAUACCCUGUGGGCAGGCACGGUCGUCGCCUCGGGUACUGUAAUAGGUGUUGUCAUUUAUACUGGAAAAGAGACCCGAAGUGUAAUGAACACAUCCAAUCCAAAAAGUAAGGCUGGCCUGUUGGACCUUGAACUCAACCAGCUGACCAAAGCACUGUUUCUGGCUUUAGUUGCCCUCUCAGUUGUCAUGGUGACCUUACAAGGGUUCGUGGGCCCCUGGUAUCGCAAUCUUCUCCGGUUUCUCCUCCUCUUUUCCUACAUCAUUCCCAUAAGCUUGCGCGUGAACCUGGACAUGGGCAAAGCCGCGUACGGUUGGAUGAUCAUGAGGGACGAGAGCAUCCCCGGCACCGUCGUCCGGACCAGCACGAUCCCGGAGGAGCUGGGGCGCCUGGUGUACCUGCUGACGGACAAGACAGGAACCCUCACCCAGAACGAGAUGGUGUUUAAGCGGCUGCACCUGGGCACUGUGUCGUACGGGCCAGACACGAUGGACGAGAUCCAGAACCACGUGGUGGAUUCCUACUCGCAGACGCAUUCUCAACUCGGUGGAAACACCACCAGCUCUACUCCACCGAGAAAAGCCCAGUCUUCGGCUCCCAAGGUUCGGAAGAGCGUGAGCAGCCGGGUGCACGAGGCGGUGAAGGCCGUGGCCCUGUGCCACAACGUUACCCCCGUGUAUGAGUCCCGAGCGGGCGUGGCCACGGACGCCGAGUUCGCCGAGGUGGACCAGGACUUCAGUGACGAGAACCGCACCUACCAGGCCUCCAGUCCCGAUGAGGUGGCCCUGGUGCAGUGGACGGAGAGCGUCGGCCUCACGCUGGUCAACAGGGACCUGACCUCCAUGCAGCUGAGGACGCCCAGCGGCCAGGUCCUGACCUACUGCCUCCUCCAGACCUUCCCAUUCACCUCGGAGAUCAAGCGGAUGGGGGUCAUUGUCAGGGACGAGUCCACGGCCGAGAUCACGUUCUAUAUGAAAGGUGCGGACACUGCCAUGUCCACCAUUGUCCAGUACAACGACUGGCUGGAGGAGGAGUGUGGGAACAUGGCCCGCGAAGGCCUGCGCACCCUCGUGGUGGCCAAGAAGGCGCUGACGGAGGAGCAGUACCAGGACUUCGAGAGUCGAUACAACCAGGCCAGGCUGAGCCUGCACGACAGGGCGCUCAAGGUGGCCGCGGUGGUGGAGAGCCUGGAGCGCGAGAUGGAGCUGCUGUGCCUGACAGGGGUGGAGGACCAGCUGCAGGCGGGCGUGCGGCCCACCCUGGAGAUGCUGCGGAACGCCGGCAUCAAGAUCUGGAUGCUGACCGGGGACAAACUGGAGACGGCCACCUGCAUUGCCAAGAGCUCCCACCUGGUGUCUCGAACGCAGGACACUCACGUCUUCAGACCGGUAACCAGUCGGGGAGAGGCCCACCUGGAGCUGAAUGCUUUUCGAAGGAAGCAUGACUGUGCGCUGGUCAUAUCCGGGGACUCCCUGGAGGUGUGUCUGAAGUACUACGAGCAUGAGUUCAUGGAGCUGGCCUGCCAGUGCCCAGCCGUGGUCUGCUGCCGCUGCUCACCCACGCAGAAGGCCCGCAUCGUGUCCCUGCUGCGGCAGCACACGGGGAGGCGCACCUGCGCCAUUGGUGACGGCGGGAAUGACGUGAGCAUGAUCCAGGCGGCCGACUGCGGGAUCGGCAUUGAGGGAAAGGAGGGCAGGCAGGCCUCACUGGCGGCCGACUUCUCCAUCACGCAGUUCAGGCACGUUGGCCGGCUGCUGGUGGUGCACGGACGCAGCAGCUACAAGCGGUCAGCGGCGCUGGGCCAGUUCGUCAUGCACCGCGGCCUCAUCAUCUCCACCAUGCAGGCUGUGUUCUCCUCCGUCUUCUAUUUUGCGUCCGUCCCCCUGUACCAGGGCUUCCUCAUGGUCGGGUAUGCGACUGUCUACACCAUGUUCCCGGUGUUCUCCCUGGUGCUGGACGAGGACGUGAGGCCGGACACGGCGAUGCUCUACCCCGAACUCUACAAGGACCUCACCAAGGGGAGAUCCUUAUCCUUUAAGACCUUCCUCGUCUGGGUUUUAAUCAGUGUCUACCAAGGCGGCAUCCUCAUGUAUGGGGCCCUGGUGCUCUUCGAGUCUGAGUUUGUGCACGUCGUGGCCAUCUCCUUCACGGCCCUCAUCCUCACGGAGCUGCUGAUGGUGGCCCUGACCGUCAGGACGUGGCACUGGCUGAUGGUUGUGGCCCAGUUCCUCAGCCUCGGCUGCUACGUGGCCUCGCUUGCUUUUCUAAAUGAAUAUUUUGACGUGGCCUUCAUCACAACCGUGACCUUCGUGUGGAAAGUGUCGGCGAUCACGGUCGUCAGCUGUCUUCCGCUCUACACCCUCAAGUUCCUGCGGCGGAAGCUGUCCCCUCCCAGCUACUCCAAGCUCACCUCCUAGGGCCGCGCUGCCCGCCCGGCUCAGUGGACGCUCGGGGUGCAGGGCCACUGAGUGGGUCGGGAGGGCGGCCUGGAGGAGCGGGCACCUGGACGACAUGCCUUAUCUGCUGGGCGCAGGUUUCCCUUCCUUCCUUCCUUCUUGUUUUCCAGAAUUUAAUUUCCAAAUCGAAAAUGAGCCCUCAUUAUUUCACCUUUACUGUAAAGCACUGAUCUGACUCUGGUGUCCGGAGGAGUGAAUUAAAGUUUGCUUAACACUCCGCA